GCUUCAACUUUUUUUUCAGACUCACUGGGAGCCAAACUUCUCUCUCUCUCUUUCCAGCACUUUCUGGUUUCUUCUCUCUGACAAUCUGCUCUGCUGACUGACAAUAUCCACUCUGACCCUGUGGAGGAAAAACUUCUCCUCCUCGGCUUAUUUCUUCCCCUUCUCUUGCUCUGAGCUGCUCUGUGAAACUUUUUUUUUGGUGGGGGGAGUCGGUGGGUGCAGCCUGCAACUUCUAGGGCUGUUGAGAGUGUCUGUGUGUCGGUGUGUCUGUGUGAAUGAGUGUAUGUUGGAGUUAGUCAGUAUGCCAUGUCGUCCCCCGGCUCGUCGUUUGUGCAGAUAAAGCAUGAGGACCUGCUCUUCUAUGAGAACUGUGGAGGAGGAAGCUUCGGGAGCGUCUACAGAGCCCUGUGGAUUUCCCAAGACAAGGAGGUGGCUGUGAAGAAGCUUCUGAAAAUUGACAAAGAGGCUGAGAUUCUUAGUGUCCUGAGUCAUAAGAACAUCAUUCAGUUUUAUGGAGCCGUGCUGGAAUCUCCCAACUAUGGCAUUGUCACAGAAUUUGCCAGUGAAGGGUCUCUGUACGAGUACCUGUCCAGUGAGCAGAGUGAGGAGAUGGACAUGAAGCAGAUCAUGACGUGGGCCAUACAGAUAGCCAAAGGGAUGCAUUAUCUCCACGCAGAAGCUCCAGUCAAAGUCAUUCACAGAGACCUCAAGUCACGUAACGUGGUGAUGACAGCAGACAAAGUGCUGAAGAUUUGUGACUUUGGGGCAUCCAAGUUCCUGUCCCACACCACCCAUAUGACAGUGGUAGGAACCUUUCCCUGGAUGGCUCCUGAAGUCAUUCAGAGUCUGCCUGUGUCCGAGACCUGUGACACCUACUCCUAUGGCGUGGUGCUGUGGGAGAUGCUGACUCGGGAGGUUCCUUUCAAAGGAUUCGAAGGGCUGCAGGUUGCAUGGCUAGUGGUGGAAAAACAAGAGAGGCUGACCAUCCCCACCAGCUGUCCAGCAAGUUUUGCAGAACUGAUGAGGAAAUGUUGGCAAGCAGACCCAAAGGAGCGUCCGCACUUCAAACAGGUGCUGGUAACCCUGGAGACCAUGGCUAAUGACAGCAGGCUACCGGACCAGUGUAACUCCUUCCUACAUAACAAGGACCAGUGGAGGUGUGAAAUUGAGUCGACCUUGGAACGCCUCAGAAAGCUGGAGAGGGAACUUUACUCCAAAGAGAAGGAACUGGAGGAGAGGGAGAGGAGACUCAAACUGUGGGAGGAGAGGCUGAUGGAGAGGUCUAACAUGUCGCCCAGUCCGACUUCCCUACUCAUGGAGCGCUCAAACAUCUCACCAUUCUUCACACCCAUGUCCAUCGGUUCCUCCGGCUCAUUCUUCCGCUCCCACUCUCAGGACUCCAACAGUGCCGGGGUCAGCAGUGCUGGCGUCAGCUGUCUCCUCCGCACCCUCAGCAAUGGAGACACUGAGAGAGGGAGCAACACAGUGCUGGAAAGGGGGAUAGGUUCACUUGACAGUGGGAGGCUGCACGCUAUGAUCCGAGGGUUGCAGGGUAGAUUCGGAGAUGAGGAAGAGGAGGAGGAGGAGGACGAUGAGGGGACCCUGGAGGAGAAAAGCUGGGGGCAGAGGGAGAGAGAUGACAGUGGAGGAAGGGUGCAGGUGACACUCAGGAGCUUCCCAGGGGGAGUAGUGGAGAGGGAGGAGAGGACGUGGGGGGACGGGGACAGGGAGAGAGGAGGCAUGCAGAGGAGCAGGGUGACCACUAUAGUGCGAGGAUACUCAGGUGGGUUUGGAGAGGGGGAAGGAGAGAGGGAGAAAGAGGGAGGGUGGGAGAUUGAAAAAAUUGGGGACAGGGUGGAUGAGAGAGGGACAGAGGUAGGUAUGGAGGGAGGGAGGCUCCCAACCAUGUUCAAGGGUCUCCACGAUAGUUUGGGGGGCUUGGGUGACAUGCUGUCCUUAGACAUGAAUGACAUCGGGGACAUAGACAGGAUAGGUGACAUGGACAUGGACAUGGGUGACCUGGGAGUCAUGAAGGUGGUAGGUCAAGGUGUCAGGAGCGAGGUGGGGGUGAGGGGUCGCAGGAGUGACAUGGGAGUCAUGGUUCAGGGAGUCAGAGGUGACCUCAGCGAGGCCAUCAGCCAAAAGAUUAGAGGUGAGGUGGGGGUCAUUGGGCACUCAGGGGUGCAGGUGAGCAUGCAUGCUUCAUCCAAUCAGAACUCUAUGAAGAGCUGCAGCGUGCGACACGGAACCAAGAUCAACAUGGCGUCUGCAGCCGUGGAUAUGAUGGAGCUCGACUGGUCUGACAGUGACUAGAAGACACGUAGAGAAACACACACACAUACAGAAACCACAUAGAGGCCCAACUAGACAGAUUUUGUUUCGAUGUGUUUGCACGUACAGCGUCUGAGCUUCAGUACGUGCAUUAGGAUCUACAGCUGAACCAGAGCUGGUAUACACACAUUUCUUUUGUUAUUUUUUUUUAUUGAAUUGACGAACACUAUACCCAUGUGUACUGUGAAGUAUGAAGGAGCAUCAGAAUGACUUCACCUGUGUAAUUUAAUGUGCUAUUAAAACUGCUGCAUAACACACUGUAAGAGGUACAAGUGUUAGAGAAAUAACACACUUGAAUGGCGCUCUAAUGACGCAACAAUGUCUGAUAUUUUUUCCUGCUUGUAUCCUGUAGUUUAUAGAUUUGAUUCAUUCAAAACAAGCUUUGAGUCUAUCAGUUCUAACUGUGAUCUAGUGUGUGAAUUUUUGGCAUUUCAUUCUGUAUAUUUUAUCAUUUUUCAAUAAAAAGAAAAGAAACUGA